AUUCAAUCAAUUUUGAAUUUUGAUUCUUUCAAGCGUCUGAGUGAUCUUGUUAACAUGAUAUCUUUAGAAUGCUUGGUGUGUUGAUGCGUAAUUCUUGGAAUGGUUAGUGAGAAUAACUUUCCAGUGAAGUGUAAUUUCUAUUUUUAAGGCAUGUUUUAAUUGAAGGAAAAUUCGAGGAAUUUAUCAAAGUACGUUGUUUCAUUUGAUUAUGCAUCUGAUGUCCUCAUAUCAACCGAGAACAAAAUUUGAUCUUUUAUUUUCCUGCAUUCCCUUCAAUCUGAGCCUCUAUGAUAGUUUUGUGAUUUUCUGUUUGAGGCCCUCUGUUAGUGUUCAGAUAGCUGGAAUGUAUUGUGUGUGUUGAAUAACAAAUGAAUAUCUUUGCCUUGACUGAUCACAAAUUGGAUUUUUUUUUUCUUAAAGAUUGACAACACUAGAGAUUUGCAAUUGUCUCAAUGUUGGUUUCAGCUGUCUUGUCUUCUUUACAAAAAGAUAAUGUAUAAUUACUUGCUUUUUUUAAUUUGAGAAUUAAACGGGAGGUAUUCUGGGUAUAAUUACUAUUGUGAAAAGCAGGUGCAAGAGAUGAUAUUUUGAAAUGAAUUUAAAACUAGUUGUUAAGGAUUCAGGGGAAGAUUUGUUGCGAGUUGGCUAUGAGUAAUUUUCCUCUCCUUUAAUCUUUUGGAUUAAAUUACUAGUAGGAUUUUUUAGACUUAUUCUUGGGAAAAUACUCAGUUGCAUGGUUAGCAUUGUAAUGAUAAUGAUGGAUUAGGCAUCAUCUAAUGAUUUAGAAGUUUGGGUCAUUAAUUAGCACCGAUACUCAUUCUUAUACUUGCAUAUUGCAAAAUGAAUGCAUUGAUCUUCUAUUUAUAUGCAGCCAAACAGCUAAUUUCACUUUUUCUUGUUGGUAUGUUUUAGUUUUUACUUUCUUCCAUGAUGACGACGGCAGAAAUGGAAAAAUAAGUUUAGCUCUUUUUAUGAGAAAAUUAGUCUUGUGCAAGUUCUUGCUACAAUGGUGCAUGUUUUUAUAUUUGUUAAAAUGCAAAAGCUAAAGACAAGUUUAUUUUCAGUGAAAAUUUUAUGUUCUUGCAUUUCUUUCUGCUGGAUAACUUCCAGAAUCCACUUUCCUUUCUAUAAAAUUUCCCUUUGCUUUGUUGUUUCUUUUUUGAAACUCUCUAAGCAUCUGAAUUAGGAUCAUUGUUCAAAAUUCCUUGAUAAGACUUUGCUUAACGUCAAAGGACUUUUGUCGUUGUUGAGAAUGCAAAUAUUUGGAAACUGGAUUGGUGUUAUUCUGCAGAAGAGAUUAAGGCUGGUGGCUAGUAUAUGGAUGGAUCAGUUAAUUUUACUACGGGAAGGCUGAUGAUUGGAGUUCCUUAUGCAAUCACUGGAUAGAUUAGUCAAAAUAAGGAAAGACACAGGAGGGUCUACAGAGAGUGAAAGGCUUCUGCUACAGUGGUUUUGGCUUUCAGAAACAAUGGCUAAGAGGGGCAUGAACUUGACUGUAAGUGAUCAUGCAAUUCGUUUGGACCUUGUGGCAAAAGCAAGAGGCAUCACUUCAGCUGAAGAAUACUUCAUCAACCUCCCGGAGCCUGCCAAGAAUAACCUCGCUUAUGGUGCACUCCUUAACUGUUAUUGCAAGGAAUUGAUGACUGGGAAGGCUGAGGCUCUCAUGGAAAAGAUGAAGGAGCUGAGAUUUGCCUCAAGCCCCAUGGUGUAUAACAGCUUAAUGACCCUCUACACCAAAACCAACAGACAUGAUAAGAUACCAAGCAUCAUACAAGAGAUGAAGGCUGAUGAUGUGAUGCCAGAUUGCUUCACCUACAAUGUCUGGAUGAGAGCUCUUGCUGCAAUGAAGGACAUCUCUGGUGUUGAAAGAGUUAUAGAAGAGAUGAAAAGAGAUGGGCGUGUAACAGCUGAUUGGACAACCUACAGCAACUUGGCCUCGAUUUAUGUAGAUGCUGGCAUGUUUCAGAAAGCUGAAGGAGCUCUCAAAGAACUCGAGAAGAGAAAUGAUGGUAGAGAUCUCAGUGCCUAUCAAUUUCUCAUCACACUGUAUGGAAGAACUGGAAACCUUGUAGAAGUAUACCGUAUUUGGCGAUCUCUGAAGCUGGCUCAUCCACGAAUGGCCAACAUAAGCUACCUGAACAUGAUCCAGGUGCUUGUGAAUCUAAAGGAUUUGUCCGGUGCCGAAAUUUGUUUCAAGGAAUGGGAAUCCAAAUGCUCAACUUAUGAUAUCCGGGUGGUGAAUGUCUUACUUCGAGCUUACACCAAAGAAGACAUGUUUGAAAAAGCCGAAAAGCUAAAGAAGCACGCGAAGAUGAAAGGUGCCAGGUUAAAUGCGAAAACAUGGGAAAUUCUCAUGGAAUAUCAUCUAAACAAGGGUGACAUGAAAUCAGUGAUCUACUGCGCUGACCGCGGAAUGAAGAAGGGUAAAACCUAUAAUAGAAUUUGGGUGCCUCCUCCGAAUGUGGUUAAAUCUAUAAUGCAAUACUUCGAAGAGAAGAAGAACGUAAACGGAGCAGAGAAAUUCAUUGAGGUUCUGAAGUCAGUGCAAUCAGAAUUAUCAACCGAAUUGUUGGAAGCUCUGAUCAGAACAUAUGCAAUUGCCGGUAAAAAAAGCCCGGGAAUACGUCUUCGACUUAAGAUGGAGAAUGCAACAGUGAAUGAGGCAACCGAGAAACUACUUGAUCAAAUUUGUGUUGAAUGAUCAUUCAUUUUCAAUCAGCUCAAUUAAUCUUGUUGUGACUCAAGAAUUCAAUCUUUGUCAUCCUUAUGGUUCUUUAGAUCAUUAUCAAAUCAUAUGAUGUACUAGACUUUUGUUCAUUGUUUGAAUAACAAAAAAGUUCCAUCCA